UGCGCGGACGGCGACGGCGGUGGAGCUGUUGGUCCGACGGCAGCUCCGGCGAGGGGCUGGCGGCGUGAAGUGUUGGGGACGGAAGCGAUUCCCGUAGCGGGAGCGGCGCGCUGCCAUCACCACCAUGUCUCGGGGCUCGAUUGAGAUCCCCCUCCGGGAUACCGACGAGGUCAUUGAGCUUGACUUCGAUCAGUUACCGGAGGGGGAUGAAGUUAUAAGCAUUUUGAAACAGGAGCAUACUCAGCUGCACAUAUGGAUUGCCCUAGCGCUGGAAUAUUACAAACAAGGCAAAACAGAAGACUUUGUGAAACUAUUAGAGGCUGCUCGCAUAGAUGGAAACCUGGAUUAUAGAGACCAUGAAAAGGAUCAGAUGACUUGCUUAGAUACCUUAGCAGCCUACUAUGUACAACAGGCUCGGAAAGAAAAGAAUAAAGAUAACAAGAAAGAGCUUAUUACCCAAGCUACGCUGUUGUACACUAUGGCUGAUAAAAUUAUCAUGUAUGAUCAGAAUCACUUAUUGGGAAGAGCCUGUUUCUGCCUUUUGGAGGGUGAUAAGAUGGAUCAAGCAGAUGCACAGUUUCAUUUUGUACUCAAUCAGUCUCCCAAUAAUAUUCCAGCCCUUCUUGGUAAAGCAUGCAUUUCAUUCAACAAGAAGGAUUACCGAGGUGCCCUUGCCUAUUAUAAAAAGGCCCUGCGAACUAAUCCUGGCUGCCCAGCUGAGGUUCGGCUGGGCAUGGGCCAUUGCUUUGUAAAGCUGUACAAGCUAGAGAAAGCUCGCCUGGCAUUCAGCAGGGCACUGGAGCUCAACUCCAAGUGUGUGGGGGCUUUAGUUGGAUUGGCUGUUCUGGAACUAAAUAACAAAGAGGCGGAUUCCAUCAAAAAUGGUGUCCAGCUACUCUCUAGAGCUUAUACAAUUGAUCCUAGUAACCCAAUGGUGUUAAACCACCUAGCAAAUCACUUCUUCUUUAAAAAGGAUUAUGGUAAGGUCCAGCAUUUGGCACUUCAUGCUUUCCACAACACAGAAGUUGAAGCAAUGCAGGCAGAGAGUUGCUACCAGCUGGCCAGGUCUUUUCAUGUUCAGGAAGAUUAUGAUCAAGCUUUCCAAUAUUAUUACCAAGCCACGCAGUUUGCCUCUUCAUCUUUCGUAUUGCCAUUUUUUGGGCUGGGUCAAAUGUACAUUUAUCGAGGGGAUAAGGAAAAUGCAUCACAAUGCUUUGAAAAAGUUUUGAAAGCCUACCCUAACAAUUAUGAGACCAUGAAAAUUCUUGGAUCUCUCUACGCUGCUUCAGAAGAUCAAGACAAACGAGAUAUUGCGAAGGGUCAUUUAAAGAAGGUGACAGAACAAUAUCCAGAUGAUGUAGAAGCUUGGAUUGAGCUAGCACAAAUCCUUGAGCAGACAGAUAUACAGGGUGCUCUUUCAGCCUAUGGCACAGCAACACGAAUACUUCAGGAAAAAGUACAAGCUGAUGUUCCCCCAGAAAUUUUGAAUAAUGUGGGUGCUCUCCACUUCAGACUCGGAAACUUAGGAGAAGCAAAGAAAUAUUUUUUGGCAUCUCUGGAUCGGGCUAAAGCAGAAGCUGAACAUGAUGAACAUUACUACAAUGCAAUUUCAGUGACAACAUCCUACAACUUAGCCAGAUUAUAUGAAGCAAUGUGUGAAUUCCAUGAAGCAGAGAAACUAUACAAAAACAUCCUAAGAGAACAUCCAAAUUAUGUUGAUUGCUAUCUGCGUUUAGGAGCUAUGGCUAGAGAUAAAGGAAACUUUUAUGAAGCUUCUGACUGGUUUAAAGAAGCACUUCAAAUCAAUCAGGACCAUCCUGAUGCUUGGUCCCUGAUUGGCAAUCUUCACCUGGCCAAGCAAGAAUGGGGUCCAGGACAGAAGAAAUUUGAACGAAUAUUGAAACAACCAUCAACACAGAAUGACACUUACUCUAUGCUGGCUUUGGGCAAUGUAUGGUUGCAGACUCUGCACCAACCCACCAGAGACAGAGAGAAGGAAAAACGUCAUCAAGAUCGUGCGCUAGCCAUCUACAAACAGGUCCUCAGGAAUGACCCCAAGAAUUUGUAUGCUGCUAAUGGCAUAGGAGCUGUGCUAGCACACAAAGGAUAUUUCCGUGAGGCUCGUGAUGUUUUUGCCCAAGUGAGAGAGGCAACUGCAGAUAUCAGUGAUGUGUGGCUUAAUCUUGCACACAUUUAUGUGGAGCAGAAGCAGUACAUCAGUGCUGUACAGAUGUAUGAAAAUUGUCUCAGAAAAUUCUAUAAACACCAGAAUACAGAAGUACUACUGUAUUUGGCCCGGGCUCUCUUCAAAUGUGGUAAAUUACAGGAAUGCAAGCAAACAUUGCUAAAGGCAAGACAUGUAGCACCCAGCGACACAGUCCUUAUGUUCAAUGUUGCCCUUGUGCUGCAGAGGCUAGCUACCUCUGUCCUGAAAGAUGAAAAAAGUAACCUGAAGGAAGUACUGAAUGCUGUGAAAGAACUGGAGCUAGCUCACAGAUACUUCAGUUACUUGAGUAAAGUGGGGGAUAAAAUGAGGUUUGAUUUGGCACUUGCUGCAACUGAAGCCAGGCAGUGUUCAGAUCUGCUGAGCCAAGCUCAGUAUCAUGUAGCUCGGGCUCGCAAGCAAGAUGAAGAAGAGCGGGAGCUGCGAGCAAAACAAGAGCAAGAAAAAGAACUACUGCGUCAGAAGUUACUCAAAGAACAGGAAGAAAAACGACUCAGGGAAAUAGAAGAACAGAAGAAACUUUUGGAACAGAGAGCACAGUAUGUGGAGAAGACCAAGAAUAUUCUCAUGUUCACAGGAGAAGUUGAAGGCUCAAAAGAGAAAAAACGUGGUGGAGCUGGCCGGCGUUCCAAAAAAACUGGAGAAUUUGAUGAGUUUGUCAAUGAUGACAGUGAUGAAGAUCUUCCAGUGUCUAGAAAGAAAAAGAGGAGGAAGGGCAGUGGCAGUGAACAAGAUGGCGAAGAAGAAGACGGGGAAAGAAAAAAGAAGAAGCGACGAAGACCUCAUAAAGCAGAUGAUGAUACUGAUGAUGAUGAAAAUGAGGGUGCACCCAGACAGAAGAAACGCCGCCCAGCCAAAACUGAGAAGAGAAAAAUGUCCAAGCCAGAACGUUUGCCUCUUUCAAUGAAGGGAAAAAUCAAAUCUAAAGCCAUUAUUUCAUCAAGUGAUGACUCAUCUGAUGAAGAUAAACUCAAAAUUGCUGAUGAUGGCAAUGCCAGGAACAGCAACAGUGACUCAGACGAUGCAGAGCAGCGGCGUAACAAAAACGUUGUAUCUGACAGUGAUUUGGACCACAGUAACAAGUCUGGCAGCGAGGGAGGCAGUCCCCGGCGAUCCAGUGCCCACCCUUCGGAUGAAGACUCAGACAGUGAUGGGUCGGUGAGCAAGAGGAGACAGUCUGAUUCGGAACAGUCGGAUAAUGGGUCUGUGCAGUCGGGAAGAAGCCAGUCUGGCGGUUCUGAGAACGAAUCUCAUCCAGCUUCCCGCAGCGCUGAUUCUGACAGAGAUUCAGAGAGAGUCUCUGAUAAUGAAGCCUCGGGUAACGAGUCUGAGCCAGAGGCAUCCAACAAUGAGGGCUCCGAACGAGGCUCUUAUCAUGGAUCCGAAGACAGUGAUUAAAUGUCAGUUGCAGCCUGUUUUUAUAAACUCCUUUGUAAAUACAUGUUGAUCGAGAGUAAUGAGAAGGACAGACAACCAUCAUUUAUAUCUGAAAAUUGAUUUUAAUACAUGCAUAGCUAUGCUUUAGGAAAAAAGUCUUGAAACUUUUCCUACAACCUUUUUCUACUGAACUACACAUUCACUAGAUCUGAGUGUUCCUUUACCGUACGUGAGCUACUUAAGUACCAUAUUUGGCAUUAAGUAUGCUCCAUAGGGCACUUAAAAGCUUAUUUUGUUGAAAUGUAUAUAUGAUCUGAAGAUGAGCCAAAUGGUCAAAUGGUAACAUUGCAUCCAGUUCUGCUCGCUUGAACCACCUGAAGUAAAUGCCUUGAAGCCCAUUGAUCUGGAUGGAAGAAUGUAGCUCGUCCUGCCUUGCCUAGUCUUACUAGAUGUUCCAGUACUUUCUCAAGUGGUGCAAAGAAUGGGUCUACAAAGCUGUCAUUCUGGCUGGCUAGCUCUUUUUGUUAUGUACAUGCCUAUUGUAGUAAAAUUAUAAAUUUAGAAACAGAUUUUUUUUUUAAAUUUUAAAAAAUGCUACAGGUACAUAGACGAAUGAUAGGUUUAUAAUGUGGCCAAAUCACAAUAUUGAACAAGGGCCCUUCUGGAAUAAAAUGAUCUGCUUGUGGCAUCUAAUAAAAGUUGUUGUUAUCAUCUGUUCAGGGUUGUCCAUUUUAUUACAGCUUUUGACAAUUCUGUAUUCUGAAACAAAUCCUUUUGAAUGCAGUAUUAACAUUUUGUUGUGCUCUAGUAAUCCUGAAUGGUUGAACUUGGGCAUCUAUGAGGUUAAAUUUCAAAUUAUAAAUUACCUAGAUUUGGAAAAUAUUCCUUGAAUGCCCAUUUCCAAUCUAUGCCUUUAUGUCAGAGGUGCAAAAACUGCAUAUGGGCAGAUAUUACUGAACUACAACUCCCAUCAUCUCCUAUAAGGGCUAUGGACUGCUGAAAGCUAUAGUUCAGUACCAUUUAGAAGGUUACAAUUAUCAUACCUUUUCUAUUCAAACCCCAGUUGCCAAUAACAAUAUCUGACAGGAACAGCAAAGCCGACAUGAAGUCUGCCUGCCAAUUUUAGUAGUAUGCAUGUUUUGAUCUGUAAUUUUGAAACAAGGCAGAAAUGAUAACAGACUAGUUUUUGAUGCUAUCUUACAUGAAAAAAGCGUGCAUGUAGUAUUCUUGUAUUUUCACUCUUGAAUCAUUCUAAUAAGCCCUAAAAGAAGUAAUAUUCAUUUGUUGACAAAGUUGUUGUAUAAUUAAUUAAUGAACUGAAUAUUGAGACACUCUGUAUUUUUACUUCAUGCCUGUGCAAAUAGUCCUAUUAUUACUAUAAUCUUUCAACAAAGCUCUGGAAUUUCAGAAUAGAAGAAAUAAUUUGAUAUGUUUUAAUCCCCUUAUUUAUAGUGCAGUUCAUUGGAGGAGUAUUCAUGUAAAUGUUCCAUUGAAUUCGGUGCAGCUUAAACCCAGGUAAGAAGGUAUAGAAUUGCAGCUUUACUAAAACAAUAUAUCACACAUUAGAAGGACUAUAAUAAAUUUUGCAUUCUUGUCACUAAUAUAGAACAGAACACAUCUUUAUUCAUUCAGCGACCAGCAAAUUUAAGAGAACAGUGACAGAGUGAAACACAUUGAGACAACAAUAUACUAAAAAACAGAUCACAUAAUAUUUAAUAAGUUUUAAAACUAAAAACUAAGAUUUAGAGUAAAUAUCCCCUAGCAACUUAUUAAUUAAGUAAUAUCAAUCUGAAAGUGAUAUUAGGAGUAAAAAUAAAAGUGAUCUUAAACCAAUUGCUUCUUUAACUGUUUUUGCCUUAUAUUCAUUGCAGCAACACAAAAUUUAGCUACUGCACAGGUCAUGGUGGUUUUUAAG